UUUCUUUACUUGUCUUGUCCAAAAGGACUGUCAACUUUUUUUUUCUCAGCAGGUUUAAAAGCUGAGAUUCAUAAAUUUAAGCCUACCCACAUUUCUCCGAAAGCAGGCCGAUCUGUGGGAGGACUGGUGUAAAAUCCUGACAGCUCUGACCUGAAAACACAUCAACAAAUCAAGAAGUGAAAGAUUGUUAUUUCACAAAGUCAGAAUCUGAAGUCUUAUACUCUUUCCUUGCUGUCACAGAGCAGCUUGCAUGCUGGGAUAAUACUGAUGUACCGUGUAAAACGCCUUCCUGCCAACAGUAAAUUGAAGAGGGACAAGUUAGAUGGUGAUACACCAUUAAGAGCGCUUAAACUGGCUUACACCGAGACUGAACAGCUAUACUCAGUGCACGAGAAGAACCUGGCGUGGCUGUCAUCCCUUAUUAAUGGGAAACAGAAAUUCACUGACACUCUAUGUAAACUAUGAUGUAUUUAAAAUCCCUAUUUAAUGAAGCUCAAACGAGUCCAUGAAGGCAGAAAUAAAUGAAGAUUAUACAGCAACAAGGUGAAUAGAUUCAUUUAUUUGAUGAAAAAUCUAAACUGAAACCCUUCUUGAGUGUUCAGUUUGAGAUCAGACCUGAAUGCCAACUGAGACUCAAUGGAGAACAAGAAAAUAAUUAACUAAACUAAAUCCAACAGAUCUGCAGCUGCAAGGGAACAAAAUAUUUAAUAAUAUUCCACCAAAGGACAUGACAUAAGAAAGUGAAUAAAGUUAAGUCAAUGUGUGACCAAAAGAUUUGUGAAUGACAAAUUAUAAAUCAUCACAAAAACAUGGAAAAACAUGGUAGCUGCAAACUUUGUAUAAAGUUUAUAUACAGUAAGUGAACGUCCAAAUAUUCCUUAAGAUAAGUGUUUCAAGUGGGAUUUUUUACAAAAUCAGCUAAAGAAAAUUGAGGCUAGCAGUGAGCUAACAAUGCUAACGGUGAAUUGGCAACAAAUAGGUGGCUCUAAAAAUAUCUCGAGGUACUGUUUUUUUUUGUUUACCAACAAAUGGAUAUUACAGUGAAAUGUGUUUAUCUACUUAUCAACUUACUGUAUAUGACUCGACUUUGCUCGUCAUCCAGAAUCUUCAGGUGCUGAUCCACCCGGGUACAGUUGCUCAGAGCGAACUCGUUUGUUUUACUACAUGGUCUGCAGUACCCAAGUUUGACCACAGGAUGGCCUUCUCACUUCAUGCUUCUUUAAAGGUUCUUAAAUAAGUGGAAUAGGAGUUGUCAUAUCCAGUGUUAGCACACAUCGAUGUUUUGAUUUAGUCAAGUGUGUGUUUGGACUUUGCGACAUGCAGUGUGACACGUUUUACGGCGACCCGGAAGUUGGGGAACCGAAGCUGUAGUAGUGUGCGUGUGUUAGAGCUGUUAUUAAAGUGAACAUAACAGCACAGAAAGUCCCUUCAUUCACUUCACAUGGUGUCAGAAGUACAUGGAAGAAGGAGCUACUGAGGUGACAUGGCCAAAUUCAGUCCGCCGUCGAGCUUUGCGCCAUGGGCCAGGAAGCCGAAAACAUCUUCCGGUCCUUCGUCUUUGACGACGUGGCUCACAGAGAUGACUUUGACCGGGUGCUGGCCAAGUUAAACGAGUACUUCAUUCCCAGAAGGAACGUCAUACAUGAACGCGCAUGCUUUCACCAGCGCACACAACGGCCGGGUGAGAAAGUGGAGACGUUUAUAAGAGCAUUAUACGAACUGUCAGAACACUGUGAAUUUGGAGCGGCGAGAGAUGAAAACACCAGAGACCGGAUAGUUGUCGGCGUGUUGGACAAGGAAGUGUCACGCAAGCUACAGCUGGCUAAAGACUUGACCCUGACACUUACUAUCGAGACAGUGAGGCAAGCAGAGGAAAUAACAACUCAAAUUAACCUACAAGGUGGAGCGGCAGGAGGCUCGGUGAAUGAGAUUAAAAGAGACCGAGGCAAGUACCGCACACCCCGCAACAAACUGAAAGACAAAGCCCAGCAACGACAGCAGUGCGGCCGAUGCGGGAAACCUGGCCGCGAUGCAGAAGAAAUGUGUCCAGCCAGAGGCUCGACAUGCAAUUCCUGCCAGAAGGUAUGUCACUGGAGAAAAAUGUGCCGAACCAAGAAAGUAGUGAGAGAGGUUGUAACAGAACUAGCUGAUCAACCUCAAUCCUACUUCCUGGGAGCUGUAAACAAGAUGGCGGGGGAGAAUGAACACUGGUUCAUCAAGCUGCUGAUAGGUUUGACACCGUUGGAGUUUAAAAUAGACACCGGGGCGGACGUAAAAAUCAUCAGCGAAGAAGCUUACCUGUCAAUCACACUUACCCCACUGCUGCAGCCAACACACAUCCUAUUGGACAGCCCGGGGGGGGGCGGGAUAAAAUGCAUCGGCCGGAUCCAGAGCUCAGUUACCUAUAAAGGCAAGAAAUACCUACUCACAGCGUAUGAUGCACAUGGGAGAUCAGUGAACAACCUGCUGAGUAGAGAAAAAUCUGUGGAGAUGAAACUGGUGAGAAUAAUUGAGGAGGCAAUUCACCAGCAGGUCCGGCCAUGUGGGGGGCCAUUUGGGGACUAUGGAACUUUAAAGACAGAACCAGUAAAAAUAGAGCUGAAAGAAAAUGUUGCACCUUAUGCCGUGUUUACUGCUAGGCGGGUACCUCUCCCGAUGUUGCCUAAAGUUAAAGAGGAACUCCAGAGGAUGGAAAAAACGGAGUAAUCGAGAAAGUGACCUAGCCCAUGGAAUGGUGUCCUCCAAUGGUGCCCGUUUUGAAAACAGCCACUGGCAAAGCUAAAAUCUGCGUGGACUUUAAAAGACUGAAUGAGGCAGUCAAAAGAGGACGGUACGUUCUCCCCACAGCUGAAAUAAUAGCUAAGUUUAGUGGUGCAACACUCUUCAUCUCAUUAGAUGCAGCCAGUGGAUUCUUCCAGAUACCACUGCACCCAGAAAGCUGCAAACUCACCACAUUUAUCACACCAUUCGGCAGGUUCAACUUUAAGCGGCUGCCCUUUGGAAUAAACAGUGCUCCCGAAAUCUUCCAGAGGAAGAUGACAGAGACCCUGCAGGGAUUGGAAGGAGUAGAGGUGUUCAUGGACGAUGUCCUGGUCUUUGGUGCCACAGAGGAAGAGCACAAUAGCCGACUCGACAAAGUGCUACAAUGCAUAAAUAGCGCCGACCUGACACUCAACCAAGAUAAAUGUUCCUUUAAACAGAGAGAACCACAUUUUUUGGGCACCUUAUCAACCAGUCUGGAGUCCGACCCGAUCCGGACAAAAUCAACGCCAUACAACAACUUUCUCCACCCACAAAUGUGCAGGAAUUGAAAAGAAUCCUAGGAAUGGUGAACUAUGUGGGGAAAUACGUUCCCAACCUGGCAAAGGUUGGAGACCCCCUGUACACACUGCUGAAGCGGAAAAACACCUGGAGCUGGGGACCCCCACAACACAUAGCAUUUGAUAAGAACAAAAAGCUACUCACGACGGCGCCAGUGCUGACAUUCUAUGAUGUGUCCAAACCGACAGCUGUGUCAGCCGAAGCGAGUGGCUAUGGGCUCAGGGGGUGCUGCUACAGCUCCACGACGGCCAGUGGAAGCCAGUUGCAUACUAGGCGACUGACGGAGGUGGAGACCCGCUACGCUCAAAUCGAGAAGGAGCAGCUGGCAGGUGUAUGAGCGUGUGAAAAUUUCCAGAUAUAUCUGGUGGGACUAGGAAGAUUCCAGUUAAUCACAGACCAUAAAAUGCUUGUGCCCCUCAUCAGCUCCAGCAGCUUAGACAACGUUUUGAUCUGGUGUCAGCAUCUCCUCGUGAGACUGAUGAGGUUUAAUGCCAUGGCAGAGUACGCAUCGGGAAAAACAUUGGUAGUUGCAGACACCCUGUCACGCUGCCCGUCAACCUGCACCAAAGAUGCAACCAUCACAGGCAGCGAAAUCGCCUCCUAUGCAGCUACUGCGAUCGAGUGGAUCUCCGCAUCUGUGAGCAAGUUGGAGGAAAUAAAAACUGAAAUGUCACUAGAUCCGGAACUCAGAACAGUGAUACAGCUCAGCAGGUCUGUGGCCCGAACACCAGCAGAAGGUACCGGCAGAGGCCAAAGAGUACUUUCAAGUCAGGAAUGAACUGUCAGAGCAUGAGGGCUUCCUACUCAGAAGUCAUCGGAUCGUAGUACAAAAUCAUUGAGGAAUAACAUACUGGGGAACAUCCAUGAGGGUCACCAGGGACUUGUAAAGUGCAGACAGAGAGCAUACUCGGCUGUCUGGUGGCCAGGACUCGCUGCAGAGCUGAACAAGCUUCUGAGAACUUGCCCAAAAUUCACUGAAGAGAAAAGAACACAACUGAGAGAACCGCUCAUUUCAACACCCCUGCCUGAUCGGCCCUGGAAAAGGGUUGCCAUGGACCUCUGUGAGUACAAUCAUCAAAACUUCCUAGUCGUGUCUGUCACAAUCUGCCCCGCUCAAUAAACAUCUCACAUAAUUCACAGCAGUUGUUCCAGUUUUUGUGUAUUAGGUGGGCGUGUCGGAGAGCCAGCUGCUCCUGAUCUCCCUGAUCAGAGGACCAGGGGUACUUAAGGAGCGGUGUGACACAACUCCAGUGCCGAUUGAUACUCGCAUCUUGGGUAACACUAGCCUGUCUCAGCUUAGUUUUUGAUACUCUGUAUUUACUCUAGUCUGUCCAUUCCUGUCAGCCCUGGUCUUGUAUUCUGAAAGGAUUUCUACUCAUCUGUCCCUCAGGAUUUACUCACCGCCGCCUGGAGUUGUUAUUCUACAUCACGUUGCUCACUGUCCCUUGGUCUCCUCUCUCUCCACCGCCCGCCUGUCGUCCUGCCCGCUUCCCAGUCUGCCUACCGACAUCCUCCAGAUCUGCAGCAAUAUCUGCCUCACUAUCUGCCACACAACCUGUUCACUCAUCCCAGCCUGGAUCCUCGGCUUCUGUGUCCUGUCUGUCCCCGUUUGGCUUCAACUACCCAGCCCAGCCUCACCAAAGACCAAAACGUUCCCAAUCUCGGUCCCUCCUGUUCUCGUUUGGAGUAGUGCUUUAUUUUUACUAUUGGUUCUUAAAUAAAUAUUAUUUGUAAUUUUACUCACCCCCGUCUCCACUUGUGAUUCUUUCAUGUCCUGGGUUAAACAUAUUCCCAACAUGACAGUGUCUGAUUGUUAUUCAAGGUUCUUAGAGAUAAUGCGUCUCCCUACAACCACCAGUGCACAGGUUAUCCAGAACCUUAAGACUGUUUUUGCCAGAUUCGGCAUCCCGGACAAGGUGGUGAGCAGUAAUGGGCCUCAGUUUGUGAGUGCAGAGUUCCGGGAGUUUGCCAAGAGUCUGGACUUCAAGCACUGCACCUCGAGCCCUCACCACCCACAUGGUACUGCCAUGCCAUGCAGAAUGGGCCGUGCAAACUGCCUAAAAGAUAUUGAAGCAACAGGACCCUGUGAUGGCCAUACUGGUCUAAAGAUCCAUUCCCUGCUCCACCACAGGUUAUAGUCCUGUGGAGCUUUUGUUAGGAAAAUCUCCGACCCAAGUGGCCCAAUAAAUCCGUGGUGAGUGAGAACGACAGGAGAGGACAAGCGAAGCAGGCUUACUACUACAAUCGUCACUGCGGAUCCAGAUCACUGCCACCACUGCGCCCUAGGGACAGAGUGCUGUCCAAGCUGGACAAUCAGGCAUUGUGAGCUUCACCGGCAGUCAUCACCGGAGGGAGCAUCACUCCGAGAUCCUACAUCCUGCACACACAGGAUGGGGACACGCUGCGUCGAAACAGGCAUCACCUGCAGCCGGAGCCACUCUAUGACCCCACUGCAGCACAGCCUAUCAGCACACAGACACAUCCUGUGACGGACUGUCAGUCCCUGACUCCUACUUUGACGGGAGCUGGUCCGGCUAGUCAGGCCGCUGCCGCGGAAGACCCCCCACUCACUAACCAGACUGUGACAAGGUUGGGUCGUGUGUCCAAACUGGUUCAGAGACUGGACUUAUAGUCGCCCUUAUGGCCUGUUACCAAAGAGGGUAACUAGUUUCACUGGGUUAAGUUGAGACCCUGUUCACUUGGUUGUUUGUUCUGCAAGAUAAGUUUAUUCAUUUUAUUUUAGGCUAACUGCUAUUUAAUUUGAUUUUUAAGAAAUAUAAAUAGCCGUUAAAAAGGGGGGAGAUGUCAUAUCCAGUGUUGGCACACACCGAUGUUUUGAUUUAGUCAAGUGUAUGUUUGGAUUUUGCGACAUGCGGUGUGACACGUUUUACGGUGACCUGGAAGUUGGGGAACCGAAGCUGUAGUAGUGUGUGUGUGUUAGAGCUGGUAUUAAAGUGAACAUAACAGUACAGAAAGUCUCUUCAUUCACUUCACAGGAGUUUUAUCAAUACAUUUGCAGUUGUCUAUAGUAGUAAUGAAUGCCUGGGGGGAAGAAAUACACCAGUGCAUCAUUUCUCUGACCCGUCACCUAAAAGUUACCCACAUCACAGCUGAGCUUCAGACUGCAGGUAUUUCCUGAUAUUUGAACAUCUCGCCCCAGAUUGGAUAACAGAAACGCGACUCUACCACUGACUUGCAAUGAGGAUGUUUUAUCUCCACAAAUAGCUCAAGCCUGGAGGAUCUUCUGCCGUGUGUUGGUGUUGCUAAUGCUAACGGUUAGCUUAACUGAGACGUCCGCUGCUGAGUCCCGGAUGUCGAAACAACAGCCUUCCCUGUUACGAGUCAAGAUGGGUGAUUCCAUCGAUGUUAAUUCACAGACAUGUCAGGAUUUUCAAUGUUUUCAAUCAAAAGCUAAUGCAGGAGAUAUGUGUAGGAGACUAUUUUCAUGUUCAGCCUGCAUGACAAACUCAGAGGGACUGAUUAUAAUCAGAGAAAAUAAUUACAAAUGAUUUUCAGUCAACCACACCUUUAAAAAAAUUUGACACAAAAGGCUCAGAUUUUUAAAUGUUUCUUUUCAGUGUGAAAAUAAGAACUCUGCUUCAGCCAAAGUACAGAUAAAAUUACAAAUAACCCUAAAAAAUCUCGUGUACUCAAACUAUUUGCUGAUCAGUUGAGAUUCAUGUCAUUUUGCACAUUCUUGUUGCAACCUACAAGAAUUUAAAGGCUGGGGUUUUUAUGCCAAAUAAUAAUUUCCUUGUUUUUCAUGUUUUAAACCUGACUAAAUUUAAUAUUAGAAAUCACAUAUGUGUUUAUGAAAGCAGUACAAAUCCUGCGAGAACUGACAGAACAUACCUGUAUUAAGCAAAAAACACAUUUUAAAGGAUCUAAGACUUAGAAUUGCAUGAACUUUUAUUCAGCCAGUCAGCACAUGGUGCUUUACCCUUAAUAAAAAAUGCUUCUGAUCAUCUAAAGACUGAUAACUAAUGCUUCUCAGGAUUAAUAACCAGGACCGUUCUGUUUCCUUCUCUAAGUGAUAAAGGAAGUAGAACAAAUAUUUCCGUAUGCACCUUCCUCUGACAUAUUACAGAUCCAAAUGGGACUUUAAUCACAUUGUAAAGGUGACGAAUAACCUCGUUCCACCAUCCAUGAUUCUCAUUUUAUCAGCAGAGCAGUGAGUCUUCCUGGUGCAGAAAAACAUUGAGUUUAAUACAUGACCUGUGCUGCAGGUCUGUGACAUUUCACAUCAAAACACAAUCUACCAUCACUCAAACACAUAUCCCGUGUGUGUGCGUGUGUGUUUUAUACCUGAAUGAGUCACAAAUUCUGACUGGACUCCACAAUAAAAGAUUUUUCAUCUCAGUCUUUCCCUGAAGGAUUUGAAGGGCAGCAUUAAGUCACCGAUAGCUGAAAACAAAAGGUUGAGCUUUAAGUUUGUUUUAUUUUUAGCUGUUUCCAAGAAAAUGAUGCACUCAAGCCCAGAUACAGUACUCUGAGGUUUGGAGUCUAGUUAUUACCAUGAAGCAUUAAAAACACCCGAGUGAGGCAGGCAGCCACGUUGUUCUCCAUCAUGAGAAACACAGCAAGUCGUUUAUUCCAAGUGAAUCUGACGUUUACCAGCAGGAACACACCUGAAUUAUAAAUGUGCAUCAAAAAGUUGCUGAAAAUGGUUCAAACAACACCCUAACUAAAACAGCUGCUGCAUUUCUAAUUAUGUUUGAAUUAAUUACUAAGGAGGUGUUUUUGAGCGCAUUUGGAUUAAAAACAUUCAAGGGCAGCUACUUAAGUUGUUUGAAAAAGAAAUCCAGUAUUGCCUUGUAGACAUUUAUGAACCUUUGAUAACUGUUUUUUGUGCAUUUUUCAGCACCUUGCUGCUGAUUCAGGUCCCUUUGUUGCUCAAGGAUCUUCAUUUUCUAAGAAAUAAAGGAUAGCUGGAGUUCACAGAAUGCUUCUAUAAUGUUUCUUGUGUAAACCAAGACCAAGGGCUGAGUAGCAUCACUGAUGUUACUGGGUUUAUUAAAAAAGAUCUAUCUUUCUCCUUAUCAACUCAACACGGAGCCCCCUUAGAGGCAAAAGAUCCAUACUUUGAUACUACUCUAAACAUAAAUCAACAAAAUAAAAAUCAUCCAGACCCUUACCUUAUAUCCAUUAUUCUUGUUUCAAAUCGUUACAUAUUGUCAUUUUGAGACAUGUAAAAGGUGCAAUUUGUAAGAUUUCUACUGUGAAAUAAUCAGAAAACAGUCAAAUGCCUCAAACAUGUUGGAAGGAAGGUUUUAUUGAAAAAGAUUAUCUGGCUGGGGGUUCUCGGUUUUUUCCUUUUGAAAAAGCGAAAGCAGGAUGUAGUUGCUGUUUGUGAGAUUGUAAUUCCACACUGGCAGGCAAAAAGCUCCAGAGUUGUUUAAAGAACUGAAGCCAGUAAACAGGAGCGACCCAGAAGUAAUUUCUCGCACCCGCCUCGGCAUCUUUAUGUUUUACUCUAAUAUCAGGUAAAGAAGGCUAGAGGCUAACACUGAGCUAACAAUGCUAAUGCAGAAUUAGAAGCAAAUAGUCGUCUCUAAAAAUAUCUCAAGCUACUUUUUGAAUUACCAACAACUCGAUAUUACAGUGAAAUGUGUAUGUGAAGUAAAGAAUGAGUCAAUCUUGGUGUUUUACUUUCUUUAAAGGAGCCAUAUCAUGCUAUUUUAAAUCUUUGAGAGCAAAGGUAGGCACUAUAUAUGAUAAAGUAUUACUGUUGGCACUACUGAGAUGUAAUUUAUCAUAAAUAUCAGUUAUUUUUGUCUGCCUGAAUUUAUACCCGGAACAGAAAGGGUUUGUUUCAGCAAAGCUCCGCAUAUGCCUGCUCCGACAAUAACAUCUUCAGCAAGCCUGCUGUUGUGUUGGCCUUGGUAGUCCAACAGUUUGAGCACCCAGUCUGGCACUCUAACCACUGGACUACCUAGUCUGUUACAAAACAGUAGACAGGACUCAUGCUUUUUUACAGCAGUGUUUUGUCACAGAAUAAGAGUGAGAAAGUUAUGUUUUUGCUUUAAAAAAUAGACUGCAGUAACCACAUUUAACCGUGGGGUGUCAUUUUUACAAAUUGCAUCAAGUAUCAAUUUUAAGCAUAUCAAAAUUUAAAUAAAAAAACAACAUUAAAUAAAACAAAUUUUAUAAUUUAGAGUUAAUUAAAAUACAUUUUGAUAGACUUCAAUAAGUUGCCUUCUUGUUGCUAAAGAAAGAAAGUUAAAGUCAAACAGAAGUGGCAUAAACCACACACACAGCACAGUGUAUUACAGAGAAGGUAUCGGGGCAAUAUGCUGGUGAAGGUUGUCAGUCAUCCAGGUCAUGGUAAUCCAAAAGGGUUCAAAUGAAGGCAACUGGAUUGGUUUCUUGAAGAUGUUUCGCUUCUCAUUUAACUAAUUUUCGAAAAAGACCAGCUGCCUUCAUUUGAACCUCUUUGAAGGUAUAUCGGGCAUUACUAAAGAAAGAUAACAGAGAGUUUCUAGUUACAAGGAAACAUGGAAUACUAUAUUUGUGCUAAAACAACUGUACGGUCACCAGAGGGGGCAGAACAAAAACAACGUAAACUAAACAUCAAAACAGUGUAUUACAGAGAAGGUAACAGGGCAUUACUAAAAAUGCACAACUGCCAGUGGGUUAAACUUAAGAAACUACAAAGUGAAAGGGGAUCAGAAGUGGGGGAGCAGGUAGGAAAAGCAGAAACAGUGAUGAAGGGGGAAAGGGUGAGGUAAAAUCAUGUAAUCAGGAGAAAUGGGAGACAGGGGAGGGAAGGGGAAGAGAGAAAUUUUGACAGACACUAUGUUUGCAUUUCAGGGACAAAUUUGCUACACAUUUAAACACAGAUAAAUAAAAUGACUUCCAUAAAAACAAAUGAUACACUCUGCUGAUUUAAAUUUCAUAUAAAAAGUGCCGCACACAGAUUUACUCUAACUUAGUCCGUUUUUUUUAAACAACUGCUUUCAAGCUCAGCCCAGCUGUCUAAGCUUCUUACUGCACAUUAAGGCCGAGUCCCAUGUGUUUUCCAAUUUGAGAACAUCAAAAUCUUUUUUAAUGGGCGAGACAGAAUAGAAAAAGGAAGACAGCGAUGAAUAAUCCCACAGAGGGAUUACUGAAGUGCACCUCUCUGGGAUUUAAAGGAGAGCGUGUUACAAAAAUCACUCACGUCUGAGUUUUAGCCUGCGAUGAGAUAAAACACUGUCCACUAAAACUAAUCAUAAUAAUACAAAGUUGUUUUGUAGCCACACAGUUGCCGUGCAACACAAUUUCCUCAAUGGAGCAAGUUUUGAGUGUGUGUGUGUGUGUCUGUGUGUGUGUUAUUAUGAACUAUGAAUAUAUUUCUACAAAGAGCUGUAAAAAAACAAGUUUUUUCCCACCUGCAGAUUUGUUUUUUUCGUCAUUUAGUCAAACCAGUAGAAUAUUUUUUUCAAAAGUCAUCAACAUGAAGUAGGUUACAAGAUUUCAAAAUGCAACACAUUGUCACGAUACAAAGAUGGUUAGGACCCAAAAUGCAGUAACCCAGGAUGACACGAGGCAGGAGUUGAAUAUAUAUUUUUUUUAAAUCCUUUAUUUUAGGAGUAACCAAAAACAAAAGUAAUCCAAAAGGCUGGGAGCCAACAGUCCAAAAAUCCAGAUAGAGAUCUGGAGAUCCAAAAAUACAAGAGGCACGAGAAGACUUGACAGAAUUACAACAAUGGACCAACACCAAACAGAGACAAGACAGGGCUUAAAUACACAGGGAGAACAAUUAAGGAAACAGGAAGCAGGUGUGUGGAGUGAAGACUGGAGGGAAGGCAAGUGACAAUAAUUAUCUAAAUGAGGAAACCGAACCAAAGGAGGACAGAUAAACCUAAAACUAUAAACACAAAACCAAACUAAAAGACUGUGGGAAGGACUCACACACACACACACACACCAUCACACACAAAUGCACUCACACACAUACACUGAACUGGGAAAUGGACACGCACACACACACACACACACACACACACAAACACCAAGAGCAGGGGAAUGAAUGACACAGGACCUGGGAGGAAAUGAUUUUAAAGGGCUACAACAUAAGACACAUAACUGAGACGCAGACAAAGGACACAUGAGGGCGCUAUAAGAUACAAAAGGGAAUCAAGAGAGGGAUGGAGAAACAUCAGGAGACACAUGAAGGAAGACGCAGACGCAGACCAUGACAUUAAGACAAAAGUAACUGAUAUCAAAAGCACUGCAGGCAUCACUAGUGUCAAGAAUCUCCCAUUUACACCCAAAAACUUCCUAAUCACCCUUUUGGGAAAAUUAUCUGAGUACUCAAGAUACACAAAUGGAACGUUCUGGAAGUUGUGUGUCUCCUUCUUGCAUAUGGGGUAAAACUACCUCUAAGACAUCAAACUAACAGUGAAGCACGGUGGUGGCAGAGUGAUGGUCUGGGGCUAUCUUGCAGUUUUAGGACCUGAACACCAUUUACUGUCACUGAACCAUGAAUUCUCUUUAGCAAGAAAUCCUGAGAAAACAUAUGACCUUUGACUUUAAACAGGCCAUUCGUGCUAGACCCCCACCCCCACCCCACCCCACCCUCACCCCAUGUGGUUGGAAAAAAAAACAAAGGAGAGCAGUUAUCCCACCGGUUAUCCAGUUAAGAAUGAUGCAACCAGUUAACUUUGCCACACUGGGAAUUAAAAAAUCUGUAAGGAGACAUAUACGUCUGUCCGCCGUCGGGGACAUCUGUUUUCAUCAUCAGCUAUAAAGGGACAUAGAUCCACUUACCAUCCACUCGCUUCUAAAGAGAAAUGCUGCAACGAUUAUUAUAAAACUAAAGGAAAUGAUGGAAAAAUCACCUUCUCACAUUACGCUCAACUGCUUCAUUCAAGAAUAUGUUAAAGUGUCUGUUUGCCAGAUUAUUUAACAGCUAAUUCUCUCACUCUCUGAAUUGUAAUCUGUAAUACUCUGCUAAAUAUGUUCUUGAUUCAACAUUAUGAUGAUUUGUCAAGGAGCUUUUCUGUGAUAUGGAUGACUAAAAUAAUAGCAGUAUGUUUCGACGAAUUAACCAGAUAAUAACUGUAUUUAACGAUUUUAAAUAAUGAUGAGCUGCAGUUGUUUGGAGCUCAGCAGUUUUAUUCAGCGGGAGUUAUGCUGUUAAAGAAAUACAUUUUAUAUUUCAAAUGUGAUCCACACAUCCCAUAUUUAUCAGAGUAUACAUUAGCGGAUGGAUUUAUAAAUAUGUUAAAUCGCGUUCCCAGCGAUGACGUUUGUGUAAAUUACUACAGAAUCAUGUCUGAACCGAGAGAAAAUCAAACUAAACUUAUUAAUGCUCAAAAUACAUCAGUAGCUAUCAGUUCUGAUCCAACUGAGUUUUCAUAUUGAAUACAAAAUGAUUUAUAUAAUAACUGCAAACAGAAAAGAUGCAUAUAAUUAAAAGAAAAAUAUUUUUACAUUGAAUAAUCUGUUUAUUCUCAUUUAAAAUGUGUUAAUAUUACUAAACAGCUAUUCACAACAAUUAAAAACACAAUAUUAAUAACACUAUUUAUGAUAAUAAUGACAACUAUUUCAUUCCUUUAUGGCAGUGGUCCCCAACCUUUAUUCCUUGAGGACUCCGUUUCCAGACUCCCCCAAUCCCUUCUCCCACAUACACACAUUAAGGUUUAUUCUGACAUAGAGGCACAACUCAUAUAGAGUUUUUGAUCAUACUAUUGGGUGUGUUAAUGGGGUUUUAUAAAUGUCAUUUUUACCAUUACAAUCUUGGUAACCUCACUACCUGAAAACAGAGAAAAUUGUGGCGACCCCUGCAAUCUUGUGGGGUUACAGACCCCAAGUUUAUGGCAUAUUAAUGUCCAUUAUGGAGGCACACAGUGUCCUGAUUUACAUUUUCUUCUUUGUUUGUUGAGCUUUUCGCAAAACCUUCAGCAUGAACUAAUGAUGCACCCAUAUGUAAACGUGGGUCUAUUAAUAACACUUAACAGCUUUAGUUAUUUACCUUUAUUUUAAAGAAUGAUUCAUAUCGACUGAUACCGACAUUGUGUGAUCUUAGUGUGAACCUCAAAGCUUUUGUUGUUCUUAUCAAAUUAAUGGUAGUUUUAUGAAUGAAUAAUUAAUUUUGAAAAUUAAACAAUUAAUGACUGGUAAUUAUUGGUUUGGGCUCUAUCCUACACUGCAAAAACUGAUUUAAAGGAAAGUGAAAAAGAAAAAUGUUUAGACAUUUUAUCUUUUUAACUCAAAAGAAAAAAAAUCUUCACUAGAAAAUAAUUCUUAAAACUAGCAAAAUAAUCUAAUUUUAGAAUUAUUAUUUUUCCCCUAGUUUUAAGAAUUCUAGGCAAGCAAUUUUGCUAACCCCAUUGGUGGAAUUUUUACUUAAAAAAGAAAAUUUGUGUCAUAUUUAAGAGUAAUUUACCUAAUUUUAAGUAAAGCUAAUUUUCAAGAGAAAAUGUUUUUCUUCUUAAACUAAAAAAACAUUUUUUUUACAUCCUUAGAAAUCACUUAUUGUAGUGUACUGUGAUUCACAUUUAGUUGUAUGUUACUUUUUUGCACAGUAAUGUAUAACUCGGUGUGUGUGUGUGUGUGUGUGUGUGUGUGUGUGUGUGUGUGUGUGUGUGUGUGUGUGUGUGUGUGUGUGUGUGUGUGUGUGUGUGUGUGUGUGUGUGUGUGUGUGUGUGUGUGUG